GAGCAAAGCGUACCUUGAUUCUUGAUAAUCAUUGAUUUUUUGACGUAUAAAUUUUUCCCCCUUCCAACAGCCAUGUCUGUUGUCGGUUACUGUAAGCUAAAGCACCGGUGUACCAAGGAAAUCAAUUGGGAAUCUGAAAGUGAGUGGUUGAUACCUACUUACAAAGAUCUUACUCGUGGUGGCUCGGUAGACGAGAUCACAGACGUUAAUUCGUUUCUCGCAAAACUGGAGGAGGGGAGUCUUCUUGGAAUUGAUCGUCUUGAUGUAUUGAAGGAUCUCCUGAAAGAGAUGGCAAAAUGGGAUCUUCUUCGAACGGUGGACGAAUUUGAAAUUAAGAGAAAGGACUACAAACAGUUUCUGGAGAGGAUAAGUCGUGCACUCGACGAAUCUAAUGAACUGCAACGACUUAUUUUAAUCUGCAAAAGACAAAAUCUGAUAGCUCAUGAAAGGGAAGGACACAUCGCAAAUGUCAAUGAAUUGUUCACAGAGCUAGAACAACAGAAUAAUCUGGGGAUAGGAAACCUUAGUAUCCUGAAAACCAUGGCGACUGAAGUAGAGAGACCAGAUUUGUGCAGACUUGUGGAUGACUUCGAUGAAAAGAGAAAACAAGAAGAGGAUGGCGAGAGGAAAAGGGAAGAGUGGGAGCACUACAAACUAAGAGCACGAGCUCAGGUUGCUUCUGUUCUGGUUGGUGGAAUAAACAUUGGAGAAAGAUUAAUUGGAGUUGUUACACCUCACUGUACUUACCGCAAUGUCAAUGGUGUUGCUGUGGUCGUCACUACAUGGAUGGUCCUUCGCAGGAGUCCCAACCUGGAAGCAUUUGUUAAUGCUUUCCAACAAGCUGUUCUUCCAUUGGGAACUUACUUACGUGCACUUAGUGAAGGAUCAACCCGAUUUACGAUUCAAGCAGAAAACAUCUGUGCUCUGGACGUACUGUGGCGAAGUUAUCAAGACGAAACGCUACAGACAAAUUUACAAGAGUUUCUUGUUACUGAGGAAAUAAAGCAGCUGGCAGGUGGUGAGGUGACAUUGACUGUGCACAUCGACGAGGAUGAAUACAGAAAUUCUAGGUGGGAUUUGAUGAUAUCAGGAACGGAAGAGAUAAAACUUGAAGAAAAAAGAGGAUUAAAAGAUCGAGCAAGUUCUGAUUCAGACCUCACGAAAGAACGAAACACGACCACAGCGAAUCCAAAAGAUCCUUUUCCAGAGGAGGAGUUUUUACCAUUUGACAGAAAAGUGCGUGUAGAAGAAUAUUUGGAAAAUCUUGAGGAGACCCUCAGCGAAAUCAUGCUACCGAGUGAUAGCGGAGCUGAGACCUGGAUUAGUGCCAGUUCUGAGUAUGGAUUUAACAAAGGAGGAAGACUUGAAAAGCUCGACCAGGUUGAAGGUUUAAUCAAAGAUGUCAUUGAGAACUGGAACAGCUUUCAGGAAGCAUUCAGAGAUGCAUACCCAUUCGAAGGACGUAACUAUCAUAGCACAGGGAAAGAAUUGAAAACGAUCAGAAUCACUCUAGGAACCCUAAGAGAGAUGGAAGAAAAGUGGAUGAAUGCAGAACCUGUUUUGACAUCGUCAAGCAGUGCUCAAGCUAUUGUACAACAAUUGGAAAACUCUCUACAGCUGGAUCAAAGUUUUUUCAAAAAUCCAACCACAGAGGACAAAAGAGCUAUCUAUGUCUUGGCAAGAAAAGCCAAAAACUUAAAAAGAUUGGACUUGUUUAAGUACUUAAGAAAGAUCACACCACCAGGAACAACAGGUCCUCGGUUACCUGAUGAUAUGCUCGUUGAGGAGAUCCUGAAACGCAGAAAAAAUUAUAUGUCAAAACGUUUGAUAGGGAGAUAUUCCCGGGCUGAAUUAAUGGAAGUGGAUUUGAGACCAAGAGACAUGAGGUACAUGGUGAGCACUUCCACACUGGAUCUUGUCGUCAUGCAAUACGAUUUACGAACAGUGGGUGAGCUGUAUGACUUUCUAUGUGAACAGGGGCUGCCUGAAUUUGCCGAUUAUCUUUAAAUAUCUCAACGCUACCAGCCCACGAGGAUCUCUCGAUCUCGUGUUUUCUUAAUCUAUCCUAUGAGAUGAUGAAUCAGCCCACCCUUACCACAGUGAACUGAUGAUUUGCUGCUAAAGUCAGUCGUACUGAUUUGCCCUGAUUAACUAUUUCCACCGACUUAGCAAGUUAGGUAGGGUUGGUUGUUAUAAAAAGCAAUGUUAGUAUCUGAAGGUAAUUUAGUAUUGCACAUCAAUAAAGUUAGCAUUGAUUUCUCUCUCACUCGUGAUUUACUUUAGUUUCUUAACGGACGCUAGAAAUCAUUACUUAUAAUUAGUAUUGUAAAUAGUGCUUGUCUUUGAAAUGGUAGUAGCAAAAAAAUUUCCGUUUUUACACGGUGUUUCCACCGGGUUAGAACUUUCAAUUAUUUUUAACGGAUUUAAUCAAACUACACUAACUAGGAAUACCAGAAAAUGCUACUGUAAAACCUGUUUUCCAAGGAUACUGUGUAUAUUAUAUUGU